AACGGAGAAGGCUGCUCUUGAAUUUGCAAUGGAAAAUGGAUUGGAUCUAGUCACCUUAAUCCUUCCCGUUGUUGUGGGUCCUUUCAUUUGUCCCAAGCUGCCAGAGUCUGUGUCCAUGGCAUUAGCUCUAGUCUUUGCCAUGGCACAAAUUUUCCUACUUGAGCAUCCUAAUGCCACAGUGUCUGGAAGAUACAUAUGUUCUUCCCAUACAAUCACAUUUGUGGAAUUGUCUCAAAUUCUUUCUGCCAAAUAUCCAGAAUUCACAAUACCUUCACCCGAUUCCUUGGCAGAUUGUCAAAUUUUCAAAGCACCUGGGUUGUCAUCAAAGAAAUUGUUGGAGAGUGGCUUCAAAUUCAAGUACAACAUUGAGGAAAUGCUGGAUGAUGCUAUCAAAUGUUGCAAGGACAAAGGCUAUCUCAAAUAAUGAUUUAGUUUAUUAACUUCUUUAGCUUUUCUUGUUGCAUCAUCAUGAAGAAUAAAGUCCCAGCAAAAGUUAUGUUUGUGCCCAUCAUGGCUUGUUUGGUUCUAAUAAUUUGAACUCCUACUGCUCAUGAAGAUUUCUAUGUUAUAAAUAAAAUUCUAGACU